AUGAAUAGAGUUAUAAAGUUAUUAAUAUAUAUUUUAUUUUUAGAUUUUUUGGUUGUUCAAUGUGACAUAUCUUGUAAGAAUCGAGAUGGUAACGAUGUAAAGUGGUGGAUUUAUUUAGCAGAUACGGUUCGUGGAGGACCAAAAAAUAGUUUUGAUCAAGGUCUUUAUAUUGAUUCAAAAAUGGUGCAGGACAAAGUGCCAAUAAGAAAAGUAGUACCCAUUGAUGAUGAAGAAGAAGAUGAAGAAGAUGAGGAAAAAGAAGAUAAUAAGUAUUUCUUUGCCGAGUUAAUGAAAAUUCAUUUAGAUUCCAUCAAUAAAGCAAAUGAAGAUAUUGAUAUUGAUCAAUUGGAUUGUGGUAAAUAUGUCACAAAAGAAUGGUUCCACGAAUUGGAUAAAGGUAAAGCAAAUCCAUAUGAUAAGGCAACAAUAAAAGAAGCACAUCUAAAGCUGCUACUUUCAAUUGAUAAAACCAACUCAAAAGGAUUUUAUAUCUCACAUUCAAUGCCGAUGCCAGUUAAUAGUGAUAUGGAAUCUAAUCUCUUUAAAACAAAAACAGAAGUACAAUAUUCUCAACAUGCAUUCUGUAAUAGCCUUAAGAAUCAAGAGGACAUCGAUGUGUUUGUAAAGAUUCUUAAAGUUGUUAAAGCAAGACCAUUACAUACAACAUGUCCAUCGUUCGAACCAGAACCAACAGAGACUGAACAAGCAAAGGAAUGUGAUAAAAAAUGGUUUGAGCACACAGAUAAGUUAGCAACUGAUAUCAGUGGUCUUUUGAUAAUUAAAAAACUACUACGUGAUCCGGAUUCCUACAAAACCACAAGAGAUUAUUGUAUGGUUAAAAGGACUGAUGGUGAUGAUGUACCUUGGGCACCGAUUGUUUUAGGUGACUUCGAAUUAACAGGAAGAUAUCAGCAUGUAAGAAAAGAAAAGUCAAAUAAACAGAUUGCAGCACAACCAAAACCAGUUGUUACCGUAAAUAACUAUGAAAUUAUCGAUAGAUGUUUCCGGGAGAAAUUUAAACUAUCUCUUUUUUCAGAACAGGAUCCAAUUGAAAUCGAGAGAACUAAGGAAGAUGCACCUCAGAAAGAUAGUAUGGAAUAUUGUACAGCAACACACAAUAUUGGUAUGGAUCCAUGGUUAAUCGUUGCUGAACAUUAUAAAAGCUUCUUUUUUGUCAACACUGAUCAAACUGCAUUUCCAACAAUGGUUGGUGAUGAUUUCGGAUUAUUUGUCAUUCAUAGCUGGGAGAACGGUUUCAGUGGGCAACCUGGAAUGAUAAAAAAGAAUCAUGAAAAAAUUAUGUUUUCCAUUGAAAAAGAUAAAGAGAUAUUUUGUUUAGGUGAUUCAAACAGAAAUGACAAAUCUCCUCAUCACUCUGGAAGCAUUUACUGUAUAAAGAAUAAAGAAUUGGUUGAUGAUCUUUUCACAAAUUUAGUUGGGUACAAUAAGUAUAGAAUGAUUAAUUUUGCAAAUGACGAAUCAUUGACUAAACUUGGCGUGGUGUCAAAGAAUACACAUGGUUAUUGUUAUACAGAUACCUACAGUAUUUUCUUUCCACUCGAUACAGUUUCAACUGAUAUAAAAAUUUCCAAUACCAAAAGUUAUAUGCCUCCUCCUCGCAAACAACCAGGUAGACCAUCUCCUCCCUCAAAAUAUCAACUUGCAAUGAAAAAUAUAGCAAAAAAUGUUGCUGAGGGUACCCCUUUGAAACGCCAAAAAAUAUCACGAUAUUCACCAUUUAAUAAAUAA